AUGGCGCUAUCAUGCGACUGUCCAAUGUCGCAGCCAGGGCCUACGUUAGCGGCGACUUGCGGCGGCGGCGCCUUCAUGCUGUUUAUGGGACUGCUGGAAGUGUUCCUGCGCAGUCAAUGCGAUCUUGAAGACCCGUGUGGGAGGCCACAGUUUCGUCGCGAAAUGGAUUCAGUUUAUGACUUCAUCGUGGUGGGAGGUGGAUCAGCGGGCUCCGUGCUCGCCGCGAGGCUGUCGGAGGUGCCUCAGUGGAGGGUGUUAUUAUUAGAGGCAGGCUUCGACGAGCCGACGGGGACGCAGGUGCCGUCCAUGUUUCUGAAUUUUAUCGGAUCUGCCAUCGACUGGGGGUACCACACGGAACCCGAGCCAGCCGCGUGCCUUGGGGAGAAAGACCGCAAAUGUUACUGGCCGCGUGGGAAGGUGUUGGGCGGUACGUCGGUGAUGAACGGUAUGAUGUACAUGCGAGGCUCCCGACACGAUUACGACGGAUGGGCGGCUGCCGGCAACGAUGGCUGGGCCUACGAUGAUGUCCUUCCUUACUUCAUCAAGUCCGAGGACAAUCGACAGAUGCAUGACGUCGACGAUGGCUACCACGGCACGGGUGGCCCUCUCACGGUGGAGCAGUUCCCCUAUCAUCCACCACUCAGUCACAGUCUGCUUAAAGCCGGAGAGGAGCUAGGUUAUCAAGUCCGUGACCUAAAUGGAGCAAUCCACACUGGCUUCAGCAUUGCUCAAACAACGCAUCGCAACGGGUCUCGAGUGAGCGUGGCGCGGGCAUUCUUGCGUCCCGCGAGGCAUCGCCCCAAUCUACACGUGAUGCUUAACGCCACAGCGGCCCGAGUACGCAUCAAUACCACCACGAGGCGCGCCUACGCUGUCGAUAUUAUCAACUCUUACGGCCGUUCCGAGACCGUCUUUGCUAAUAACGAAAUUAUACUGAGCGCUGGCGCCAUUGGGAGUCCACAACUGCUUCAGCUAAGCGGCGUGGGUCCCGCGGACGUAUUGAAUCGGGCGGGAGUGGAGGUAAUCCAUGAGCUGCCUGGUGUGGGUCGCAACCUUCACAACCACGUCACGCAUUUCCUCAGCUUCUACUUAAAAGACAACAAUACCGCGCCUCUCAACUGGGCCACCGCUAUGGAGUAUCUUCUCUUCCGUGACGGGCUCAUGUCUGGAACCGGAAUAUCUGAAGUAACCGCAUUCAUCAACACAAAGUAUGUAAACCCGGAGGAAGACAAUCCCGACAUCCAAAUGUUUUUCGGCGGGUUCCUCGCAGACUGCGCGAAGACCGGGAUGUUGGGGGAGAGUAAGGGAGAAGGCGCCCGUUCUGUGCAAAUGUUUCCUGCUGUGCUGCGACCAAAAAGUCGUGGCCGUCUAGAAAUCGCCAGCCCUGACCCCUUCCAGCAUCCCAAGAUUUUUGCCAAUUACUUGACCCACCCAGAUGAUGUGAAGACCCUGAUUGAGGGCAUCAAGUUCGCGGUCCGCUUGUCAGAGACCGGAGCCUUGAAGAAGUACGGAAUAAAGCUGGAUCGCACCUCAGUGAAGGGAUGCGAAAGGUAUCGGUUCGGGUGCGACGCUUACUGGGAAUGUGCGGUGCGCAUGCAGACUGGACCGGAGAACCACCAGGCAGGGUCAUGUAGAAUGGGGCCUCGUGGUGACCCACUCGCUUGCGUCGACCCGCUGUUGCAGGUGCAAGGAAUCGAUCGGCUCCGCGUGGCGGAUGCUAGCGUGAUGCCAGCUGCGCCGUCUGGGAACACCAACGCGCCAACUAUCAUGAUCGCAGAACGCGCUGCAGACUUCAUAAAGCAACGCUGGCUGGGAGCGACACAAGUAUGUAUUUGCUUGUAUUAUAUCAUAAUAUAG